AUGUCUACCACUGUUAAUAAUAAUGAUGCCUCAAGUAGUAGUACCUCUGCCUCUAAUAGCGCUGAAUCCUUUGAUUUAAGAAUGAAAUCAAUGGAGGAUCAAAUCAACAAUCUUUCCUUAGCCUUUACAAGAUUCAUGAAAGAACCUAUGUUCUCUUCUAAUACCAACUCACGUAGCCAACCUUCUCAUGAUAACUCUGACACCGAGAAUGAACAAAGUGAAGAUGAAUCAGACUUGGUGAAGUGGUCGUUCAAAGGUCUCAUUAUUACUCUUGACUCAAUCAAGGUUUACUUGUCGAAGAAGAAUGUAUCCUCAAGAAAGAUGAGAUAUCCGAAUUGA